AUGGGGAACACGCACAGCCGAGGAACUAUGUCAGAUAAUAACAAGGAUGUGUCGAUGAUCGACGUUAGAAAUACGAAUGACAACGACAAACGAGGAUCUCAAAGGGCGAUUGUCCAAAGCUUUUCCAAGCUGGACAUCGGCGACCAUGAUGGUUCGAGGGCACCGCUUUUGCGCAGAAGAUCUACAUUGAUAUUUGAUGACGAUGAUGAUGCCCCGAGGCAUGAAGAAAACGUUGAAGACCAGUCUGACUUGAACGAAUUUGAGAGCCAUAUUUCGGAUUCGUCAUCUGUGGCCUCGCUGCAGCAGCAGCAGCAAGAAAAUCCAUCAUGGCUGAAGCUACAAGCGCAACGAGAGCAGCAAGAUCAAGAGCAACAAGAGCUUCAAUUACAAAUGGAACAACAGCAACAGAUGAAGUAUCAAGCACCCAGGGAACCGUUCGAAGACCAGUCAGGAUCAAGAAGUGGAAGUGAACCGCCCGUCAACUCGAAUGCGAAAGUGAUGGUCCCUGUUGAAAUCACAUGGCAACAAGGUGGAUCGAAGGUUUAUGUGACGGGGUCUUUCACCGGAUGGCGGAAAAUGAUCGGGUUGUUACCAGUGGCCGACCAACCCGGGUGUUUCCAUAUCAAGCUGCAAUUACCAUCGGGCACCCAUCGUUUUCGUUUCAUCGUCGACAAUGAAUUGCGGUUCAGUGACUUCAUGCCAACGGCAACAGACCAGAUGGGCAACUUAGUCAACUACCUAGAGAUUGCUACUCCAUACGAGUCCGAAGAACACCUGCAGCAGCAGCAAGAGACGCUUACAGUGGACAAUGAAUCGCAUAUGCUUCAGCAACAGGUUCCUCAGCCUUCUCACAAAAAACAGUUUUCUGAGCCACUUAGCGCCCGUUCCAAGCUCGCAUUGCAAAUCGAGGAAGAGCCAGAUGAUAUGGGCGACGGUUACAGCAGAUUUCACGGUGCCAAGGAGGCCAAGCCAGAUCUCAGCUACACCACCGAUAUCCCUGCUGUUUUCACAGAUGCGUCGGUUAUGGAGCAGUAUUAUCUCACGUUGGAUCAGCAGCAGACAAAUCAACAGAGCAUGGCGUGGCUUACGCCCCCUCAGUUGCCCCCCCACCUUGAGAACGUGAUCCUCAAUAACUAUUCGGUCUCAUCUGAACAGGGCGACUCGGGUAGUGAGAACAACUCGGGCUCCUUGCCUAUCCCAAAUCACGUCGUGUUGAACCAUUUAGCCACCAGCAGCAUCAAACACAACACCCUAUGUGUUGCAAGCAUCGUCAGAUACAAACGCAAAUACGCGACCCAAAUGUUGUACUCCCCAUUACAAUAG